GCGGGCGGGAGGGGGCGGGGCCGGGCUUGUUAUUGUUCAGUCAUGGCGGCCGCUGCCGAUGGCGAGGAGCGGGAGCAGGAGCGGCGGCAGGGACAGGACCGCGGGGCGUUCGAGUGUAACAUCUGCCUGGACACCGCCAAGGACGCCGUCAUCAGCCUCUGCGGCCACUUGUUCUGUUGGCCAUGUCUUCAUCAGUGGUUAGAGACCAGACCCGACCGACAAGAAUGUCCUGUCUGCAAAGCUGGGAUCAGUCGUGAGAAAGUCAUCCCUCUGUAUGGCAGGGGCAGCACAAGCCAGGAGGACCCCAGAUUGAAGACUCCACCCAGACCCCAGGGCCAGCGUUCAGAGCCUGAGAGCAGAGGGGGUUUUCAGGGAUUUGGCGACACCGGCUUCCACAUGUCCUUCGGGAUCGGAGCUUUUCCCUUUGGAUUCUUCACCACAGUAUUUAACUCCAAUGACAACCGCCAGCGAAUGGACAACGAUCGGGGAAACCACGGCAACAUGGACUGGAAUUCCUUCUUCGGGGGGAACCGUGGGGCCGCUGCCGGCAACAACAACUGGGAUUCGCUCUUCCUCUUCAUCGCCAUCUUCUUCUUCUUCUGGCUCCUGAGCGUGUGAGCUGCG